UCUGUGCGUGAAGGAGACACGAUGCGCCAACAAGUCUCCACUCUACGUAACUGGAUUAAACCGAAUGGGUGGAUGUUAUUUCCGUGUCUCGUGCGCUGCAGCGUGUGUUUAUCUGAGCUCCACCACCACCACCACCACUUCUUCUUCUUCUCAUCUUCCUCCUCCUCCUCCUCCUCCACCACCUCCUCCUCCACCUGCGUCUGUCCGUUUCUCAGAUGCAUAGGAUAUCGAGCUGACCGGGUGCGAUGGCGCAGCUUUACUACGGCGGAGGCGGCGCGAGCGGCAGCGGCGGCGGCGGAGGGAGCGCGUUCACCUCGCGCCGCGACCGCAUCCGUUUACGCGUGGUGCGCGCCGAGCCCGAGCUGUCGGCGCAGGAGAAGGUGUAUCUGAGCGCCGUGGAGAAAGGCGACUACGGCAGCGUCAAGCGCGCGCUGCGUGAGGCCGAGAUCUACUUCAAGAUCAACGUGAACUGCGUGGACCCGCUCGGACGCACGGCGCUGCUCAUCGCCAUCGAGAACGAGAACCUGGAGAUGGUGGAGCUCCUGUUGGCGCACGACGUGCAUGUAGGUGACGCGCUGCUCCACGCCAUUCGCAAGGAGGUAGUUGGAGCUGUGGAGCUGCUGCUCAACCACAAGAAGCCCAGUGGCGAGAAACAGGUUCCUCCUAUCCUUUUGGACAAACAGUUCUCUGAAUUCACCCCUGACAUCACACCCAUCGUUCUCGCUGCCCAUACCAACAAUUAUGAGAUUAUUAAGAUGCUGGUGCAGAAAGGUGUGUCAGUGCCUCAGCCCCAUGAGGUGCGCUGCAACUGCUCCGAGUGUGUAUCCAGUUCCGACGUGGACAGUCUUCGACACUCACGCUCACGCCUUAACAUCUACAAGGCCCUGGCAAGCCCAUCACUGAUUGCACUGUCUAGCGAGGACCCGUUCCUGACCGCCUUCCAGCUCAGCUGGGAGCUCCAAGAGCUCAGCAAGGUGGAGAACGAGUUUAAGGCAGAGUAUGAAGAGUUGUCUCAUCAGUGUAAACGCUUUGCUAAGGACCUACUGGACCAAACACGUUCCUCACGUGAACUGGAGCUUAUUCUCAACUUCCAUGAUGAUCUUAGCCUCCUGCAAGAAGAAAGCAACAACGAGCUGGCUCGGCUUAAACUGGCCAUCAAAUACAGACAGAAAGAGUUUGUGGCCCAGCCGAACUGUCAGCAGCUCCUGGCUUCACGAUGGUACGAUGAGUUCCCAGGCUGGAGGAGACGCCACUGGGCCGGCAAGUUCAUCACAUGCAUUUUCAUCGGCCUCCUCUUCCCGCUCUUCUCUAUCUGCUACCUGGUGGCCCCCAAAAGCCGCAUCGGCCUCUUCAUCCGCAAACCCUUUAUCAAGUUCAUCUGCCACACGGCUUCCUACCUGACAUUCCUCUUCCUCCUUCUGCUGGCUUCACAGCGCAUCGUUCCCACGGACCCCAACCGCCAGGGCCCCAAGCCCACCACCGUGGAGUGGAUGAUCCUGCCGUGGGUUCUCGGUUUCAUAUGGACCGAGAUCAAGCAGAUGUGGGAUGGUGGAUUACAGGAUUACAUCCAUGACUGGUGGAACCUUAUGGAUUUUGUCAUGAACUCUCUCUACUUGGCAACCAUUUCCCUGAAGAUCGUUGCAUACAUCAAGUACAGUGAAUGUAAAUCCAGGGAAAGCUGGGAAAUGUGGCACCCCACGCUGGUGGCCGAGGCUGUGUUCGCCAUCGCUAACAUCUUCAGCUCUCUGCGCCUCAUCUCGCUCUUCACAGCCAAUUCUCACCUCGGACCUCUGCAGAUCUCACUGGGACGGAUGCUGUUAGACAUCCUCAAGUUCCUUUUCAUCUAUUGCCUGGUACUGGUGGCCUUCGCCAACGGCCUCAACCAGCUCUACUUCUACUACGAGACUAAAGGCAUCGAUAACUGCAAAGGGAUCCGCUGUGAAAAGCAGAACAACGCUUUCUCAACGUUGUUCGAAACGUUGCAGUCUUUGUUCUGGUCCAUAUUCGGCCUGAUCAGUUUGUACGUGACCAACGUGCAAGCUGACCACAAGUUCACAGAGUUUGUAGGCGCCACGAUGUUCGGCACGUAUAACAUCAUCUCCCUUGUGGUGCUCCUGAAUAUGCUCAUCGCUAUGAUGAACAACUCGUAUCAGCACAUUGCAGAUCAUGCUGACAUUGAGUGGAAAUUUGCCAGGACUAAGUUGUGGAUGAGCUAUUUUGAAGAAGGAGGGACACUUCCACCACCGUUCAACAUUAUCCCCAGCCCUAAGUCUAUGUGGUACCUCAUUAACUGGAUUAAGAUUCACAUUUUCAGAAGAAGGUCGAGGAAUACAGAAACAUUUGGAAUGUUAGGGAGAAGAGCUGCUGAAAAAGUGAGACUCAGUCACCAAUAUCAGGACGUCCUGAAAAACCUGGUCAAAAGAUACGUCGCAGCUAUGAUCAGAGACGCCAAGAAAGAGGAAGGAAUUACAGAAGAAAACUUCAAGGAGCUGAAGCAGGACAUCUCCAGUUUCCGUUACGAGGUGCUAGGAAUGCUGAAGGGCACACGGACAUCUCUGCUUGGCACCAAAAUGGUUUCAGGAACGUCAGCCUCUUCACAUCCAGGCUGUGUGCACCAGUUCAAGAUCAAGUCAAGUACAUGCGAGGGGAGCUCAGAACGUGCGCUGGAGCCUCGGAGCAACGGCUCCAUCAUGUCCUUGCCUGAAUUCUUUGCCAAAGAGACACACAGAAAUGACAUUUCCAAUGACUUUGGUCUGUUCCAAAGUACUAAGAAAAAGACAAAUCACUGUUCCAACACAAACAUCUAUGCGGUUUUCGAAGAGGAAUUAGAGCUCGAGCGAUCCGAUCGUGCGAAGAAGGACGAGCGUGAGUGUUUACCAGCUCAGAGACAUAUAGACGAUGGAAAUGAGUCUGAGGAAGGACAGGAAAGAAAGCCAGCUUCAUCCGAGGCCGCAGAUCAGAUCUGCUCUCUUUCACCAACAGACACAUAACAACACAUGGAAACUAGUGGCUGGAUGAGCGAGAUUACCUUUUAAGGUCAGAAUCGGGUCGCGUCUUGUGCUAGUGUGCCAAGCCGAGGUACAGUUGGAACUGGCACACGUCCGAGAAUAGACGUCCUUCUAAUCUAAAGUCUCAGGGAAAAGGCCAAAGCUUGUGGCAUUUCUUCAGCCGUCCUACAUGAAUGAAAAGUGAAUAUCCAGCACGGUCAAAUUCAGGGCUAACACAGCGGCAGAAAAUGCGUACUCAAGUGCAACAAAAGGAGGCAGCCUAAUCCAGGAACAAUACACAAUGUACUUUUCAUUAAGCUUUAUUGUUUGUCCUUUUAGUGUGUGCAAAAAAAGAAAACAUUUCCCCUAGCCAUCAACCGCUUUUCAUCUUCUGAGCUCAUGGGGAACCAAAUACAGAUGCAGACGUUUUGCAAUAACAUUUAUUUCUUUUUAAAGAUUUCUCAUGUAAUGUUAUGCAGUUUAACAUUGCCUAGCAACAGCUUAACAUUUUUCAAUAUAACCUAUAACCUAUAUAUAUAUAUAUAUAUAUAUAUAUAUAUAUAUAUAUAUAUAUAUAUAUAUAUAUAUACACACACACCAUUUAAACUAAACAGACUCAACGCACAUUUAGCACUGCAUUCAAAGCUGGCUCAAAAAUUCAUGCCUAGAGGGUUGCCAGGUUUUUUCCCCUGCCAAAACAGGUAGAUUUUUCCUUAUGUUGCUUUAGUCCACUUGUUUAAAACCAAAACACUCACCUUUAAAAGUGAUAAAGCAGAUUAUUUCAUAGGGUUUGAAAUAUGGUGUCUUCCAAGGCAAUGGUAGAAAGUACCCUGAAAAAAAAUCCUAUUCAUUUUUGUAUUAUAACUUUAUGGUUUCUUAAAGUAGACGAUUUUUGAGAAUUUAGCUACGACGACGUCUUAUGAAUUUUCCCAGAGCACCAAGAAAACUGUGAUCACAUUCAGACUGUCGUUAAGUGGUGUAUGUCAUGAUGUUGUCCUAUUCAUGAUAAUCAUGUUUAUCUGCCAUGUUUGCAAGUUUGUCUUAUCCAUUGUAAUUGCUGUAAUAAUAAUAAUAAUAAUAAUAAUAAUAAUAAUAAUAAUAAUAAUAAUAAUAAUAAUAAGCCCUGUGAUGGGUUGGCACUCCGUCCAGGGUGUAUCCUGCCUUGAUGCCCGAUGACGCCUGAGAUAGGCACAGGCUCCCCAUUACCCGAGGUAGUUCGGAUAAGCGGUAGAAAAUGAGUGAAUGAAUGAAUGAAUAAUAAUAAUAAUAAUAAUAAUAAUAAUAAUAAUAAUAAUAAUAAUAAUAAUAAUAAUAAGUAAAAAUAGAGAACUAGAUGUUCUUAUCACUAAGGUGUCCAGUUAAGCUUACAGUACCAGAAAGUGGGACAUUUAAGGGUUAAAAUACAGUCAAAACUGGGGCAGUGGUGGGGCAAUUGGUUAAGGCUCUGGGUUGUUGAUCGGAGGAUCGGGGUUCAAGGCCCAGCACAGCCAAGCUGCCACUGCUGGGCCCUUGAGCAAGGCCCUCAACCCUCCCUGCUCCAGGGGCACUGUAUCAUAGCUGCCCCUGCACUCUGACCCCAACCUCCUCAGUUGGGGUAUGUGAAGAAAAGAAUUCCACUGUGCUGUAAUGUAUAUGUGGCGAUAAUAAAGGCUUCUAUGCCCCCAUUCCCAUUCCAAACACAGCUUUUCUGUACAAACAGUGACAAUAGAAUCAAAUAGAUAAGAAGACAAGCACCAGUCUGAAACACCUGGACACCUGAGAUGUCUCCAUUUUGGGUAGAAUAAACUUUCAGAGCAGUGCUUAAGAGUAUGAAUAAUACAGAGGUUUGAAUACAGAUGUGCACUAUCUUAGUAUGAAAUCCUCAUUACAGUUACAUGUGCUUAACUCUGAAUACAGGCUUCAGUGUUAAAUGAUGCAUUUUCUCUACACUGAUUAUAUCAAGCUUAUUCGUUCAUGCUGUGCCCUUAAAUAAGUAUGCUCGUGUUCUCUAAGCAACUGUAGCAGUGUAUAAAACCUGGACGUUAGUCUACACAGUACCAUUUAGCAUUAUGAAUUAUACCUGGGUUUAGUAUGUUAUGCAUUACAUAUUAUACUCAACGGAAACUAAUAAACAUCACAUAAUAUUAUACUACAAAUAAAGUUGUAUAGAUUUGAA